AUGCUGACCCAGACCACGUUUCCGGGAGAAAUAUGCAACGUCGCGUUUGCGCCAUACGACUCAAACCUUACGCUCCUCGUGGGCAAGGGCGGCUUCGUGAAGUUGUACAAAUACAAUGCGCAUUCCGGAGAUUUGCGUUUAUGGGGUCCAAUGGAUUUUUUCGCCACGGUCUCAGGUCUACUGGGUGUCUGUUCUUGAACCAAGUAGCAAUAGCAUAGUUAGGGAACAUAAUUUCUCCUCCAUUUUUGAGUUUGAGUACUAGAGCCUAUCUUGUUGUGAUUUAUGUCUGUAGAAGGCAAGCACUAGAUAGUACUGAUGGAGAGGUGGCUCAGAGGACAAAGACAGGCAUAUACAUCCAAGCGCUUGAAAAACCUUAACCUUUUUUUUGAAAAAUCCUUCCCGUCGCACCUUACUAGUUUACACACAAGGCAUGCUUGACGAUCGACUCUAGCAGCAGCUCUUUGUGAGAUUCUAAGCUAGAGUUUUCCGGAUUUUGAGGGUAGUAUAGAUCCAGCGGCGCACUUUCUGACCUGCGUUUUCUACGGACCGACACCGGGCAGAAAAGAAGAGGAAGACCCUGGUGGAAGCAAAAGUAGUUUAAUUACUUACUGGAAAACUGAAAAUAACCGAGUUACUGACUGAAAUAAGGGAGGUAGCUUUGACAGGGCUAGCUACUCUUCCUUGUUAUCAGUAUCUCGCUUAUUUUCAGUAGUUACUCGCUUAUUUCAGUUUUUCGAAUAUAAAAAAAUGUGGAAUAUUAAAUAUCGCAUUUCUAGAUGAAGGAGUGCUGUUCCAUUGUAUAUAAUUACUAAUUCUUUCGUUAUAUAUUAGCAAUCAAAGGUAGAAGUACCUAAGUAUUAAACUCUCUGCACCUUCAACAGGUGCCCAGCGAACGGCUUUGCUGCAGCGACUAUGGGCCAAGCAACGGGAAGUGCUGGUCUUGAACCAGGCAAAACAGGAGAUCUGGAUGCUAGACUCGCAAACAUUAUGGCCACCAUAUUAUGUACCCUAGUAAACCCUACAGCAAAACACCACUGCUCCAUACGAUGCAUGAUUACGACAAGUCGACUGAUAUACUGCGGGCACCACUGUCGUGCGUGUCCUUUUCUUGUAUCUGGUUAUUGUCGUACUCCAGUAUGUGUCUAUCCAUUGUCCUGCUCUAAAAACCCUGAAGAUCGUCGAUGUCAUGGGCGAGUGUUUCGACCACACGCUCUCUGCGGCUGUGCGCCCGAUGGCACUGGCAACCUUUCAUUAUGCUCUUACCUUGUUGUCGCGUGUGUAGAAUCUAGUGUUGUUGCCUGUGCCGUGGAAUCUAAUAUUACUCGGCUCCGUGAUUUCAUAGUCGUUGGCCUCCACAGUUCAACUUUCUCUCUCUAUUUCCUUCUUAUCAAACCAAACGCUCUGUUCAGCCUAAUAGUGACAACCUCACCAGUCUCUCCCUCUAUCGAUUGUUCACAAGCAGAAUUCAAGUCACUAAUUUGGGAACCCCUCGUCCAUAUGUGAUCGCCUACUCGAAGCUCGAACUACAGCACGGGGCGAAGACAUGACUUAGAGCAGACACACCAACUACGUUUUGAUUCAUACCUCUAGCGCGUAGCCCUUCCAACAAUAUAUCUCUUCUCGGAGAAGCUGAUGGGCGUAGCCCUUCCAACAAGUAUGAAAUUAUGACCCCUCUCUCCCUCGAUCUUCAUUCCAUUCAGACACACCAACUACGUUUUGAUUCAUCCUAUAUUGUAAAUGAAAUUAUGACCCCUCUCUCCCUCGAUCCUGAUUCCCUUUUCUCCCUCGAUCCUGAUUCAUAGCAAAAAAGGUUUUAUUGUGGGUGGGAGCGACGGUUACCUGGCCAUAUGGGAACGGCUGGACGCGCAUAGCUACCGAUUUGUCCGAAAUCUGUACACAGUUAAGGCUUCCCCGAAUCCAUCCCUGUAGACAUCCCUCAAUUUUUUUUUUUUUUUGAGUUAGGACUAGAUGCUGCCUCCCUUUCAACCAAUUAUAUAAAUUUAGCAUAAUGCGCCCCAAUACAAGGGACCCAUACUGACGCAUAUGCUUGAGGGAUUUCCACCGGGAUGAAUAGGGGAGAGCUCUAACACAGGAAGAAGAUCUGACCUGGUCUCCGUCGAUGUCGUAGUGGAUGACGAUCUAUUCUUCGGGAAGUUAUGCAGAAUGUUUUUGUUUACCCUGUUGAGGGUUUCUGAAGGAGAAUGUAGUUUACCCUGUUGAACUCUGAAACCUUGUUGCGUAUAGACCACUGCUCCUUGGGUUCAUAGUGCUUGCCGGGUUCAUAGACUGUGAGGUCUCAGAUUGUGUAUUUAGACGUGGGACAUCAGAUUAUACAGUCUGAAGAAAAAACUGAAGAAUUUAACUCAUCCUAUUAAGUAUUUGAUUCAUUCUAUGUUGCCUUGAUAUUCAUUGCCUAGUUGUAUCAUUGCUUCAUUGCUAGCGCAAGAGCCGUCAAGUGGAGCUGGGAGCAGUGGCACGAGCUCGCAGGCAGGCGUCGUCCUUGUCUUAAGGCUUACCGUAAUUCAUCUGACGAAGCAUCUCUGGCCUCCUUUUUGAAGGGGAAAACGAACGUGUCAACGAUGUACUUAACCAAGCAAUACAUCAUAGGAAAUGCUAUACAUAGUACAUGUACGAGAUCAUGCCCUUGUAGCAACAAGUAAAUAGGGCUGCAUACAGGACUGCAUCUAAUUGCCUUUGCGGAUGGCGACAUGUGCUACGUGAAUCUAGCUGAAUUGUAUCUGGCCAAAGACAAAAUAGAUUUUCCAGCCAGCAGAUCACUAGCCGCACACACUGGCCCAAUUGUCGCGAUGUCGGCGACUGCUUCCGACCUCAGACCCUACUUCCUCACUUGUGCUGGCGGAAAAGUACUUAUUAUUAUUUAUACAUAGCUUUGGCAUCUCCUAGUUUUGGCAUCUCCUCGUCUUGUAUCACUUAGUAAGAUGUACACUAUUCUCCACGAUUCUCCCCUCAUUCUUGCUAGACGUAAGUACACUAUUCUCCACGAUUCUCUCCACGAUUCUCCCCUCAUUCAGGAGGACAGCAGUUUGCGAAUCUACAAUCACGAGACAUUGGAGUUGGAACUAAGUGCCUUUUUUUCCACGGAAAAAGCCCCUGUGAGCGCUGCCUUGCAUCCUGACGGCUUCUCCUGUGCUGUGGUUUUCUCAGAUGGCAGUCUAAGUUAAGGCCGACCUGAGACAUCCAUGAUUUUUCUUUUAGUUUCCAGGGGAAAUAGGAUCAUUUGUGCAUACGUAAAGCAUUUUCUUUUAGUUUCCAGGGGAAAUAGGAUCAUUUGUGCAUACGUAAGCAUUGAAGCAUUUAUUUCGACCUAUUUUUAGAAGUUCGACAUAUAUUUGGGAUUCUUUGUGGCAGUAGGUUCUUAUGUAGAAGAACGAUCUGGACACUUUGUUUUGUUUCGUGGUGUUUUUCUCUUAUCAUGGUGUUUGUCUCAAGCCUUAGAAUUCAGGCUGCCUUUUCUAAUUCUGAUUUCCAUUCUAACUAAGGCUGUUCCACCUUUUGGCCACGCGAUUGCAGGUCUUUUUCGAAACACGGUUACCGAAUCUCAGAAAAGUCGCCUACAUUAUGGAAAAGUGGUAGACAAACUCCGCUUGAGUAUGCAGGUGAAACUGUGGAUGGCGGAUCAAGUCCUAUCCUAUCCUUCCUAGCACGUGCUGGCAAAAUUCCCUUCUGCAAUACUUCCACGACUGCGUCCUAACAACUCUUUCCACAGCACUUUUCUUUCUUUGUACCUCGCUCCCUACUCGUGAUUCACCGUCUUGAAGUAGAUUGCUCUCAUCCUGUUGCACGAAACACUUACGUGUUACCUGGAAGAUUUCUGUGUUACCUGGAAGAUUUUAGGCAGACCUCCUGUCGUAGUUACUCCUUGCUUUCGCAGCACCUAUACCCGUUGCAGGAACGUUCUUGCUUUUGUACUCUCUCCGAUAGCAAUCUCUCCAACAGACCCCAGAGGUAUCCCCGUUCCGCCUCCCCCUCGCUUUCAUACUCAGUCCAACAGGGCACAUGCUUGCAGUAGUGCAUGGAAAAGUAGUGCAGAUCCAUGAUUCAGUGAAUAUGCAGAAGCUCACCACACUGCGGAAGCAUUCGUGUAACGUGGCUGAUAUUUGCUUCGAUUUCAGCGGUACCUCACUCGCCACCAUCACUGUCGAUGGAUGCUUCUCUUAUGUCGAUAGGACUUGCUUGAAAUUCUAGUGUUGAAACUUGGGACUUUCUUGUGCAUUCCGAAAAACAGGAGGCUUUCCACCUUCCAGAAGAAGAGGACAGACAAAGAUUCCACCACGAGCGGCAACUUGUACGAGCUCUUCAAGUACUGGGUCAGUAAAUAAAGUUCUACCUUAAGUCACUGUUCCUUUGAGCAUGUCUUACUGAAAUGAUUCUGUCAGCCUUUUUUACUGUUCUUACCUCGAGUCAGAGUCUGAUGAACGACAUUGAGAAAGAUUGAUAUGAAACGAUGAUAAAGUCAGAGCACAUUGAUAAAGAUAUUUAUACUAAAAAUCUUCUAAUCUGGAGUGUGGUCACUCACGACCUUCACUCGAGUAGCAGAGUACCUCUGCGAACCGCACAAAGACUCCCAAGAUGGCAACGUGCUUCUGAAUGCGGAUGAUCCAGCAACGAGAGCGGUAGAUUGAUAUAUUGCAACAUUCAACGAGAUUCAAAAAACUACAGCAACUAUCUUUAAGGCUACAAGAAAUCCAUCUUCACAAGCAUCUUGGUCCCGUUUUUAAAGGGAAAACGAGACCCAAGAUGCUGCUCAAGAUGGAUUUCUCUUAGUUCUAAUACCUCCUCGCAGUUUUAGUUUUGUCGGGGUCUGAAUCUGAAUGGGUGGAACACUAGUAGUUGCUCACCUCCAGCACGUGAAGAUACUGCUGCUUUCACCUAGAGCUAUCUUAGACUUCAGAGUAACGCACCGUACUAGGACCAAUGGAAAGGUUUCUUCAUCUAGUAGAACUAAAAAUACGUACUUAAGUACUAAGGAAAGAUACUUACUAUGUUGAUUUAUGAUCCCAUUAUCGUAGGUCCAGACACGGAACAUAAUGAGCUUAUAUGAGCAGUUUGCAGCGAGCAUUGCAUUUGAUGGAGACAUAACGAAAGGAAGGCAUCGCUGGGUCGUUGCCUUGAAUUUCAAGACCGUGAGUACUUAAGGCUUACUGCACAAAUUCAUUUCUGAUUCUGAAGACGCAUCCUCCCACCUCUGCUUCUCCCACCUCUGCUUCUUCCGCCUCUGCCUGUGCUGGAGUGUUUUUGGCUACUCCUCUGAAGUCGAUACUGUAUGCUUUCAAUGGGGCAAAGGUCCGAGAUGAGUCGUAAGGUGAAUGUCGGCAGGGUCUAAGAUACGAAAGAAACGGUGGGGAAAAUGUUCGGUCGCUUGUACGAUCUCUAUCUAGUGCCACCACGAAACGCGGAAACGCAAGAUCUGCCCAAUGACCUCGAACUGCAUUGCAAGUUACGACGUUAUAGAAGUCUUUCUUCUGAAUAGUGAAAGUACAUUCUUGGCCUUUUCUUCCGGAAGGAAUCUAGUAGGCAUAUUAUUUGUCCGUUCUUUUUCGUACGAUGUUGUAAAUGAAAAAAUCAUCACGGAUCUGUAGCAGGCAUGCAUAGAGAAGAGUUGCUGCUGAUGAAGACUAGCUGAAUUCUACUCUAAACUGUCUCGAGUUGCCGGAUCAGGUGUAUCUUACCUCCCUGUCGUUCGACCGGUCUUUGCAGAGCAUAAGUCGAGACGACCACCACCAUCCCGUCGUACCAUUAUGAUCUUUGGAUUAUCAACAUCAUGUGGACAUGCUGGUGUUAAGUAGUUAUAACAGAGUAGUUUAGGACAUGCUGGUGUUAAGUAGUUCUUAACUAGUGAGGAAAAAGAGGGUUAAGAGGUUAUUCGCAGCGCGGCCAGCAACUCUAAUCCAAGUAGCCGAUCGAUAUGGUGGCAGUACUCUCUACGCUACGACCAUUCGAGGCUCCGUAUGGGUCUACCCACAUCCCAUCAGCCUUAUGAAAACGUGCACGAAGAUUUUUUAUCAACUUCGCCCAUGACGGAUAACAACACUCUCUUCGAUUUUUUUACGGUUGCAAUCUGAACGUGGAUUACAUCUCUUUUAGUAGGGGAUCUUUUCGUAACGGUCAUGUCUUCUCUUACAAAGGUGUGAUCAUUUUUACUCUUACUGGUAGGCCUAAAAAUGAUUUUUAGGUCGGCCUUCUAUACCCUUAUAGUACCCAUUUAAUAGAUCAAAUGCGAUGAUCUCAGCGACAGAAGAGUAAUAUCUACCUAGAAAUACUUCUACCUAGAAAGGAGGUUGAGAAAUACUUAACACUUCUGCUUCAUAUACCUCGACACGGACUAUGAGGAGCUGCAGCUCCACUCUACCCGAAGGAAAACGGCACGUGCGCAGGGUCCCACUCUCUCUUAAGGCAAGUAUCAUAGUGUGGUUAUGUAGUUAUUCAGAACUCACCACAAUCCAUCUUUUCCCUCAUCUGCUUCCGUUUUUCUUCUUGAAAACAGUCCACAGAUGGGCCAAAAGAUGGAUUAAAGAUAUUCAGAAAUGAAUCACUUGAAUUUAACUCACUUCUAGAAUUACCUUAACUCACGUUCUAGCGUCUGCGGCCUCAGUUUCCACCCCCCUAGCCAAUAGCUAUACACACACCUCUAGCCAUACUAGCUUCUCUUGUUGUAUUUUUAUCUUCAUUAUGGUAUAGCGUCCGAAAAAGAUGACUUCUAGACUUCUUCGGUAGCCACACUUCUAUCCAAAUCCAUAGCUAUUUACACACACCUCUAACCAUAGCUCCUGUUGUUUCCGAUAGCUAUACACACACCUCUAACCAGAGCUCCUGUUGUUUCCGAUAGCUAUACACACACCUCUAACCAUAGCUCUUGUUGUUUCCAGGCAAGAAGAUGCUCACGGGCUCAAUGGACGGAUCCCUGUUCCUUGUACAGAUAGGCGCACCGGCAUCAAAACUACCUCGCGGAGACGACGUCUGUCUAGUGGAGAAGCAAGAACUGCAAAAGUUCGAAGACAAAAUCGACAAACUGCGACAUGAUCUUGAUUAUGACAUUGUGAAGAUGAACAGGGUUUCAUUUACUAGAAGAUCCAGAACAGGGUUUCAUUUACUAGAUCCACACGAAACUUGCUGAAGCAGCUACGGAGACUCGAUGGAUGUCCACCUUACAUCUUUACAGCAUAGAAAUACUGACUUUGAAAAGUCCUAGGUAAAUCUCAUUACUAGAUGCAGACUAUCCAUCAUGAAUGCCUUCCGAAUGAUGAGAACAGCUUCAGAUGCGUAAUUUAUAGAAAAUCACUUGUAAAAAUGAUGCAAUGUAAUUACCUUAGUGUACGAGUGAGACAGUGAGGCUCCCUUGUCUAAUCAUCUAGCGCGAAGACGGAAAGUGUGCAGAAAUUGGACCAGUUGAAAUACGCCUACGAAGCUCGGCUGGAGAGCAACAAGCUGAAAAGCGAAAAAUCAGAGGUCGAAGCGCUCAAAGAGCGGAUAGCAAUGCUCUUAUGUUGAAUGCUCGUAUGUUGUCCGAAGUCAUCAGGAUGGAAAUAGAAGAGGAUGCUCUUAUGUUACCCUACCUAUCGGAGAUAGCCCGGUUAGAAAGCUUCUUUACCUUAGCGGCCACGAGCCAUCCUGGUUUCUUCUUACCCUCUUUCGCCCACCUCAGCUUUUGUAGAAGAGAGACUCAUGAACAUGAACUACUACAUGUUAAGUCUAAGUUGAUGACCUUGGACUUUUUUUUAUGCCCUCACCUCUAGUUUCUUAACCUUUUACGGCCUCUCUUCUCGUCUAUUCGUCUCACCUCCUCUCUUCUCGUCUAUUCUCUUCUCCCUAUCUCACCUCCUCUCGUCUAACCGUCGAGGACAUUUUGCAGGAACGAGAGCAAGAGCCAGUGCGUAUGGUGAAAGCACUGGAAGCGCAGCACAUAGCUGCUCAAGAACAGCUGGAGGGCAUGUACGCAUCGAAAUUGCAAAUGGAGAACGACCGAUUCACACUGCUGACAAAAGACAUGCACCAAACUCAACAACAAGCGGCUGCGGAUCUGCGAGAUAG